AGGUUCCGUGGCUAGUGCGCGCAUGGUCUACGGCAUUCUUCGACCACGCCUGCGCUGGAGAUCAAGGAAAAACAAGCUGCGAGAUUUUGUUUUGUAUACAAGUGGGUGGCUGGGCACACUUGGGCAAGAGCAGGGAACAGUCGCAAGCAUUGCAACGGAUAUCGCCACUCCCUCCCCUUGCCAUUAAAGCUGCUUGCUUCAUAGCAGCGUUUGACCACACAGCUGCGUUCCAUCGAGAGCAUAAUUGUUUUGUUUUGUAGUUUUUGUGCUUUUGUGUGUUUUGUGUAUUUUUAUGCGUGCGUCGUGCGUGUGAUGUGUAUGUUUUUGAGGAACGUGAUUGCGUGAGCGGAAGCAGACUGGUAGCGGGGUAUCACGAUUCCACAGGACAGAGACCUCCCUCCCCAACAGAUUCUCCAGGAACUAUCCAUCGAGAGCUUUGAUGUAUGUGCUCGUCAUGCAGUUACGACGAAGCCGCUAUGAAUCAUACCAGGCCGCCGUGCAGUCGUGUGAGAGUGUGCGACUGAUAAAGUGAAGCGAGAGGCGAGGCUCCACCAUAACCCGUCGUCUAGUGCGCGAGCAGUAACAGCAGCAUAGUGCGACAACAAGCUGAUCGUGGUGGUGAUCGGCGAACCAGCAGCAACAGCAGGCUUCCCUUGGAACACAUUAUGAGUGAGAAGGAAAAAAUGGAGACAGAGAAGCAGGACGUGUCGGUGAGUCCCGUGCCGGUCCCACGCACCAGACCGUCCCGACAAAAGCCGGCCAUUACGUUGGAGUUCGAUUCGGGUCCUGAUGGAGAUUAUGUCAAUACACGGAUCGUGCCCCAGGAUCAAGCAUCUGCCGGAGGUGAACCGUUAGGAUCGACUGGACCACGACCGAUACCGGCGCCGCGCAGUACUCGUCCGCGGGUACUCCUCGCUAGCAACGAUAAGGGACAGCAGGACGGCGAUGAUGAUGGUCGCUAUCAGAACGUCGUUAUUCGGCGGGUAGAGCAGCCGGCCGAAAAAUUGGCCCCUGGCGUGGCUACCGCCGGUGAACAGCGGAUGGCAGACCGCUUUGAGCCAACCCCACCAUCCUCCCCGUUGGUAGGUGGUAGUGGCAGUAGUAACAGGUUGCCCGGUAAGCUAUGUAACAACCUACACGAACACUGCUCGCCCAAUGUCGAUUCGGAUGGUGUAUCCGUUGACAGCGCCGACAGUGCCGGUGGCGGAGCACGUGGUAGCACGGGCAGCGGCAAAUACAAAACCAACUCGCCCGGUGAUCUGUUUAAAACGAUCGGCACCACCUCCCGGCUGCUGACGGAAUCGAUUGGUGAGCGGGUGGCGCAUAAGACGCGCAAAGUGGCCAACAAUGUGCGCCACACCGGCACGAGUCUGGUGAGCUGGAGCCAGGAGACAGGCCGAACGGCAGCCGAUAAGCUGAAGAGCGUUGGUCGAGGCCGAAGCAGCAAAGCGCGCGAGGUAACGGCGGAUGCUGGCGACGAAGGUGAGAAACCAGGCGCCGAUCAGUCGGGCAGCCGGGGGCCACAUGAUGGCGCAAUACCGGAAACGCUGCAGAGUAUCCAAUUCCACAGCCCGCUGCUCAACAAUCAAACCGCCAGUGCGACGGUCAACCCGAUGGAGACCGUCGACGGUGAUACGGCGACGUACGAUGUGCCGCGGUGCCGUGGUAAAAAGCUGACGAACCUGCAGCAUUGGGCACCGGGCUCGGGCAGCCCAUCGUCUACACCCCCGUCAAGUGUGCACGAGAGUAACCUUAGCCUGGAUGCACCCUCGUCGGUGGGUUCCACCGAACGGCCGACGCCAUCGGGCUACUUUCAGCGUAACGCACCCGCCAGCCAAAGCCUCUACAGUCGCGUUCUGCCGAAGCGUAAUCGCCAGCCAGUGGGUGGCACUAGUGGCGCCGAUCAGUCACCGAUACCGGCUCCGGGCGUGCUGCGACGACAGAAGCAAAACAAAAGCGAAUCCAACCUGUACGAGUCGACGUUCUAUGUCGAUUGCUCGUCUGCGAACGUUGCUGGAGGCGAGCCGGACCAUCAGCAGCAUCUAUACGGAAAGCUUAACGUGCUGCCCAAGACAGGGCUAUCGAGUAGCAGCAGCAGUAGCAGCAACAGUUCGUGCUCGCUAAAUGCCUCCGAAGACGAUAACACACUUACGGAGCUACGCAAGGCCCCGAUCGCUAUUGCUCGUCGGGCCCGGCAGAUCUUCUCCCGGCAGGGAUCCCUCGCUGGUGAACUGGCGGCGAGUCGCCGACCGCUUGCCGGGAAUCCAUCCAGCUCUAAUCACCGGUCGGAUUCGUGGAAUUUUUACGAUAUCACGGUGGAUGCCGCUGCGUCCACAGCGGAAGCAGUAGCAGCAGCAGGCUCCAGCGGUAGCAGUCCCAGCAGCAGCAGUAGUCCACUGUACGGCCACGUGUCGGAGAUGCAGUCUUCGCUGCUGAUGCCGGUUAGUGUGGGAAGUGCGGCGGCAACGAGUAGCUACAUGGGACGCCACGACUACGAUGAGGUGUCCAUCGCGGACAUCAUCGACGAGUUCGAUCCACUCACAGUUACCAGUGGCGGUGAUGGUGCCAGAGGGCUGUCUACCAUUGGGGAGCUGUCCCUCAUCGAGGACCUGCUGAGUGCCGAAUCGUACACGGCUCGACCCACAUCGUCCCGCCGAGUGCGACUGGCAUUGGCGAACAACGACGAAGAUGGUGACGAUAACACGCAGCCGGUAUGCCCGAAGCCACCCAAACGUUCGGAUUCUCUGCUAGACAGUCGAACUGCUGCUACUGCUGCUGCAAGCGCUCCCGAUGCGCCCACCAAAUCGGUCCCGGCGAAACCGAAGCGUACCAAGCAGCGCUCGUCGGUGGUGGCACGUCCGGAGUCGGAAGAACCGCUAGACUCCCGCCCAGUGACACAGAUCGUACACCAGAAUCUGAACCUGCCGAGCGACAGCAUGGAGAAUCUGGUCGAUGAGAACGUCAUACGGCCACAUCUAGCGAUACUGGAUGAGGAGGGUCAUCGUGCACCGGGACAGGCAGCACCACUGGCCGACCUGAGCUAUCCCCGCCGAACGGAGACGCAAGCGCAGACUAGUUGGUAUGUGGGUGAGACCGGUUGCUUCGAGAAACUGACCAACGUCAAUCCUGUCAAUGUGCGAGAAGCGGCGAGCUCGGUGGUGGAGAAAGCGACAAAGCAAUCGUUGCCUCCCGAGCUGAGCAGUACGGAGAUGGUGCCGGUACCGGGGCUGGAACGACCUGCCACGGAGCUGCCCUCGUACUUCGAGGCCAUCGGUGGUACCGAUCCAGUGUUCGAGCAUGGGCUGGCAGCAGGCCAACCCUCACCAAGUCAAGUUAAGCCAGCUCCGCCUACUACAGUGAAACCGACGACCAGCGUUGCCUCGAAACUGCUCAACGCGCUAAAGCGCCGCCCGAGCCUGAACCGUGGUUCGACGGAAAAGGGUACAGGCAAGCCGGAAGUGCGCACCGUGCUCGAGAUGGUGCCGAAACCGCGCCUCACCGAGCGGCUGAUCACGUACAAGGGUCACGUGCUCAAGUUUCCGUCCGGCAAGAUUAGUGACGUGCUGAACGAGCUAUCACCCCGCUCGAUCGUGCUGCGCGAGCGCAUCUUCCAAACAUUCCUCGAUCCGCACCAGACGAUGCCAAAGGAGACGCUGCAGCUGCGCUACAUCCUUGCCAUCCAGUGCAUCCUGCAGCACAAGUUCGCUGGUGAGGGGCGGCUCGAUCUGCACUGCUUCGAGAUUGUGCUGGCCCUGCCGAAGAGCGGUGGCGGUGCUGGAGGUUCCGGGGGCAGUAGUGGAUCUGGUACAGCCGGUAGUGCCGCCAUUGCCAUGUCCACCAAUCCGGAUUUGCUGAUAACGAGCGGUGCGACGGGGAAUGUCAAGACGAGCCGGGCCUCGUACAUGUUCGGUACGCACAAGCGCCCCGAUCGGAACCUGUGGAUGGCGAAGAUCCUACAGUCGGUCACGGACGUGUUUCCGGAGGAGCUGCUGCGCGAGUUUCUGCGGGCCGGCUGGUGUUAUGUGAAGAAGUCGGUGACGGCCGAGUGGGCCGGUGCCUGGUUGCUGCUGGCCAAGCGGCGCCUUCACCUGUUCAGCUACGCCGACAGCCGGCUGGAGCAGCUCGAUCUGCGCAAGGCGCGCUGUAUCACGAUGAUCGAGAGCGAGACUGGUACGAUCGGGAACCUGCACGUCGAAACCGGGCCAACCCUGCUGAUCGACUGUCCGCCCUAUGCUACGCUUUACUUUAUCAUGAGUUCUCCGCGCGAAACGCAGAUCUGGCGCAAGAUGAUCCGCCAGGUAGCGCACAAGAAUGGACCGUCGCUCCACGGGCAGCAGCUAACGCGGGCCGACGUACCGGUGCUGAUCGAUAAGUGCAUCAACUUCAUCUACGCGCACGGCUCGAUGUCGGAGGGUAUCUACCGGAAGUCGGGUUCGAUGACGGCGGUCGCCCGUAUACUGCAGCUGUUCGCCGAGGACGCGUUCGACGUGCAGCUAACCCGUGCCGAAUACAGCGAGUACGAUGUGGCGGGUGCUCUGAAGAAGUUCAUCCGAGAGCUGCCGGGCUCGUUCUUCGGCUCGUUCGCGGCCUCGUUCGUUGCGCUCGGUCAGCUGACCGAUGUGCAGGUCAAGGUGGAAUCGUACCGGCAGCUGCUACAACGGCUGCCCCGCAUCGAAUACUGCACGCUGAAGAAGUUGUUGAGCCACCUGGCGUUCAUCGCGAGCCUCGAGGCGCAGAACCGGAUGGGCGUACCGAAUCUGGCAAUGAUCUGGGGAACAACGCUGCUGGCGAACGCCAGCCAGAACACGGUGGACGAGACGCAAUCGUACCACCAGGGGGACGCGCAGGUAGUGGCCGAUUUGAUACAACUGUACCGGCGUCUCUUCCCCGUUACCGAAGACGAGCUGCGAAAGGAUCAGCUGAUGCUGACGGUGCUCCAGAAGUACCACGCUGCCGCGGAGAACCUGUCCGACGCGGUCAAGCACUCUGGCGAUCUUAAGGUUUGGAUCAUGAUCGACUGCGACACACCCCUGGAGCAGGAAACGGCCGAUAUAGAGAAGGUUGGGCUCGAGGAUAAACCGCAAAUUAACGUGGACAUAACGCCAACCAAAACGGCAUCAGAUGUGUGUAAGGAGCUGGCCGGGAAGACGAAGCAUCCCUGGUAUAAGCUCACGCUCUAUGAGGUUGUCCUCAACGGUAGCCUCAUACGACCCAUCCACUACCGCGAGAACGUGCUGGAGGUCGUCGUGCGGUGGACGUACUGGGAUCAAGCGGACCGGAAAAACAACUAUCUGACGCUCAAGCCGACGACUACGCUGAACGAUGUGUACCGGACGAUACAGAAGGCACCGGUGCUGACGCCGACGAUGGAGCUCCGGUUUGCCGACCGGCGCACCAAGGGCUUGCGCAACUAUCAGCUGCAGCUCGUCGGCAAGGGGUUGGUCGUGCUGAAGAAGAUCGAAAAGAAGGACCGGGCCUUUGAGGAGCUGCUCAAGAUUGAUCUGUCACGCGUGCUCGCCUACAUAGGCUGCGAACCGAAGCGUGACCGUUCAAGCCUCCGCUGGGCGAUUACGCUCAUUGAUGUCGAGUUUAAGAGCAGAUCGCGCGACGAGCCCUUCAUUGGACAUAUAUUCGGUGGGCUCGACUUUGCUAGCCAGAUGCUAUGGUACGCAAGUAUACUCUAUAGCCACCACAAGGAUGACAUCCUGCCCAGUGGUGAUCUGUUCUUCUGAUGACGUUCUUUCACAUCUGUGCCGUACGACGAUUGUUUGUAUUCUAGUUUUAGUUGUAUAGAUUUCAAUCUAGAAGGACGAACCUUAUCUUUAAACGUUAAAGCAAAGCUGUGGAAACGGGAACUGUACAUUCAAUUGCAAUGCAACAUAUUUCCAAUUUUAUUUCACGUUCCGUGACUCUCCAUUUGUCUCGGUACUGUACCGCUGGAUGCGCAGCUGUGUUCCAUAGUGCGUACCGGGUUGCAAUCUAAUCUUUAAUCCAAUACCUAACCUAAGCUUACUAAGUGUAAGAAGCACCACUUCGCAACUGCCAUGCCAAUACAUACAUACAAACACACAGUUGUACCAGAUUUCCACUUGAACAAAGGAACCAAGGACCAGGGAAAGUGUAGCGAGGGUGCGUAAGGAUUUCCUAACCUCGAAAAAUGUAUGAUUGAUCAAACACAUUGAUCACACAUUAGAAACGUGAUAUGACAUAUUUCCAAAAUUGGGUCGGUGCGAAUCUGAUUCGUAGAGCAGAGAAAUGAUACAGAGAGUGCCUUAUCGUGGGUUCACUAGGAACCAAAAGCGGCCAAGUUAGUGGAUGGAGAUCACUUCCAUUGAUCUUUGCCUUAUUUUAUAAUAAAACUGAUGUUAAAAAUCAAAAUCUACUGCAAACUCAU